AUGUCUCGUAAUCGGUAUGAAGAAAUUCUUUCCAUUCUCCACUUCAACAAUAAUGAGGAAGCUGUUACUGAUCCAGCUGAUCCAAAAUAUGACAAAUUGUUCAAAGUGAAACCACUAGCUGACCAUUUUAGACAUGUGUUCAAAGGAAGUGUUACUCCAGAGACAAUGCAAGCUAUUGAUGAGAUGAUGAUCCCAUUCAAGGGUAGGCAUAGUGCCAAGCAGUACAUGCCAAAAAAGCCAACUAAAUGGGGCUACAAAUUAUGGUGUCAAGCUGGAAUGUCUGGAUAUGUCUAUGACUUGGAAAUCCUUGGGUCUCCUGAUGCAAAAGGUCCACCACCUGGUGUUGAUGUACCCAAUCUUGGCGAAAGCUCCAACGUUAUUCUGAGGUUGACCAAAGAUGUAGAAAGGAAGAAGCAUCAAUUGUUCUUUGAUAAUUUCUUCUCUUGCCCAGAACUUCUUGCUUACCUCAAGUUGCAAGAUAUUUUUGCUGUUGCUACGCUGAAAGCCAACCGUAGUCGUGGAUGUCCAAUUUCCACAGAGAAAACCAUGCGAAAACGCGGAAGGGGAGAUAUUGCCCAAUUUUCUGAUGUCAAGGCUGGUUUGGUGAUAUGUGCAUGGUAUGACAACCGCAGAGUUUUGACCAUCUCCAACUUUUUAGGCAAGAAUCCUGUGUCAAACUGCAAGCGUUUUGAUAGGAAGACAAAGAAAGAUGUAUCAGUUCCUCGUCCAGCGUGCAUUGAACUGUACAACAAGUUUAUGGGUGGAGUCGAUAAAGCAGACAUGCUUUUGUCUCUCUAUCGCACAAAGCACAGAAGUAAGAAAUGGUACCAUCGUAUAGCAUUCCACCUUAUAUCGCUUGCAGCUGUCAAUGCAUUUGUGCUGUAUCGUGAGGUUGGAGGUGAAGGUUCUUUAGUAGAUUUCCUUGUUGACAUUUGUAGGUGUCUGCUUGUAGAAUCACAAGAUUUAGGUGAUUCAUCCGAUGAUGAAGCUACAACACCACUUAGACAGAGAUCCCUUAGAGCCAAUCAAGUACCAACAAACAUACGUCAUGACAGAUGCAAUCACUGGCCACUACAGUGCGAAAAACCGCAAAGAUGCAAAUGGACGGUUGUGAGCGGAGAACUAGAUUUUUGUGCUCAAAGUGUCAAGUGUACCUUUGUAUCACUGGCACAACCUGCUUCUUGA